GCUCCACGGUCGCACAGUGGCGGUGCCGCGUGACGUCACACAGUGUCGCAUCGCAGUUCUGUGUCGCGGGUCAGCGCCCCAGCUAGGCGCAGCGCGCGCCGGGUUGUCUACGCCGUAGGCGCCGCUCUAAGACAUCGCGCUGUUCCGAGGGACUUUCUUGAGAUGCUAGAGUGACCAGAUACCAGAGAUGACUGCUGCCAAAGGAGGUGCCAUGUUGGCUCUUCUGCAGUUGGCAGCACUGGCAGCCAUGUUGCAUUCUAUGACUGCUGCGGAGACGUGUGACCAGUCUGUGACUGUGGUGAGUCCACGGACGGCGGUGGCAGGGGGCGCCACGGCCGUGCUGGUCACCCUCAGUGGGGGACCGCGCAGACCCCCUCGCCCCCCCCUCAAUGUGACCCUGCACCUGCUGGCGGCGUCUGGCGGCGACGAGGCCGAUGCCGACCGGCCCAUCAUCUCCAGGAGCUCUGCCCUGGUGCAAGGCCAGGCGGUGAUUCCGGUGCUGGUGCCUCUGGACGCGCCGCCAUCCUGCGUUCUCCAGGCGGUGGUGGGCGGCAGCGUGCAGACGUCUUCCCGGCUGACGCUGGCGGGGCCCCUGAGGCACGCCAUCCUGCGGCCAGACCGGACCUCCUACUCUCCAGGGGACACAGUGCACUUCUGGGUGCUGGCGCUGGACCAAUCACUGCGACUUCCCUCCGGAGCGGCGGGCAGCGUCUGCGUCAGGGACCCCGCCGGAAACUGUGUGGCGCGGUGGCCGCAAGUCAGCCUCGGACACGGCGUGCUGAGCUUCUCGCUACCGCUGUCCGGGGCGGCGCCCACAGGCACGUGGCACUUGCACCUGGAGGCGGACGACCGCCGGCUCUCUGGCUGGGGGGCGGCGGCAGCCUUCAACGUCAGCCUGCCGCAGCAGGAGGCGACCGGGGCCGGCGCGGGCGGCGGCGCCGGGGGCGGCACGGCCAGGCCGCUGGGCACGCCGGCCUCGCCCUGGCUGGGAGCCGGGGGCGGCGGAGGCGACGAGGGCGGCGGGGGCGGCGGGGGUGGAGGUCGCGGCGAGGUGACGCAGUCGUCGGCGCCCGAGGACGAGGUGGCGAUGGCGGAGGAGCACUUCGUGGAGCUGCGCUUCGGACGCGCCGUCCGCAGGCUGUACAAGCCGGGCCUGCCUUUCGUCGGCAAGGUGGAGUCGGUGAGCACGGAGAAGGUGGUCCGGGUGCGGGUGAAGGUGUACGACAACACGACGGCCAUCUACAGCCAGGACCUGGAGAUCACGUCCGGCGAGGCGGCGUUCGUGGUGCCGGCCAUCCUCGCCGACAGCGACCUCAUCACGCUGCAGGCCGAGCUGGUCUCGGUGGGCGGCAAGGAGAUCGACAGCCACUACGUGUUGGCCAGGGAGCCCGUGCGCAGGUGGCCCGGCUCCAGCGCGCUCCAGGACUGCUACCUGCUCGUCCAGGGCCUGGAGAGGACCUUCCAGCCAGAGGAGCGCGCCCACGCCACGGUGCUGUCUACGUGCGCCUGCGAGCGCGACGUGCUGGCCGUGGUGACCGCCCCCGGGGGCCGCGUGCUCCACUGGACGGAGAAGCGGGCUGACGCGCCGCCGCCCCCGGACCUCAGGCCGCCGCCCCCUAGCGUCGACGGCGCCGCCAUCUGCCGCCUCAACUUCAGCUUCGAGGUGCAGGCGGUGAUGGCGCCCACCAGCCAGCUGCUCGUCUACUACGUCACCGAGGAGGGCGAGCCCGUCAGUGACGUCAUCAGCUUCGAUGUCAGCCUGCAGCACAGUGCCGUGUCGGUGAGCACGGAGGAGCGAGACUUCUGGUUGCCUGGACAACGGCUGGAGCUCCGCGUCACGGCUGAGCCCAACUCGCUGGUGUGCGUAGUGGGGGGCCGGCCGGAUGUGGCGGGUGCGGGGGCGGCGGAGGCGACUGGAGACGAGAGGACGUGUUGCAGGAAUGGCACCGGAUCGUGGUCCGGAGGCAUGCUGGACUUCCAGCAGGCGGGCCUGGACGUGUUCCAGCGGCGCUGCGUGCGCUCCUCCCCCAAGGGACCCCGCGUGGCGGCGCUGCGCCAGCAGAGGGCGCCCACCCCGGGGCAGGCGGCGGCGGGGGAGGGGUCUGGAGGCUCUGGAGGCUACGGCCUGGGCGCGCUCCAGCUGGGCGUCGACCACGUCUGGCUCUGGCGCUGCUUCAACUUCAGCGGUUCGCAGCAGCAGCACCGGACGUGGGCGGCGGCACCCCCGGAGCCUGGGCAGUGGACGGUGCGCGCGCUGUCGCUGCCGCUACCGCCGCCGCCCCGCGCCGCCCACCCCGCAGGCGCCUCCUCCCCUGGCGCCGCCCCCGGCGCCUCGCCGCCCCCGGGCGCCACGCCAGGCUCGGGCCGCGGGCUGCGGCUGUCGGCGCCGCUGCAGCUGACCGUCUUCCGGCCGCUGGGCGUCGCCUUCUCGCUGCCGCCCACGCUGCGGGUGGGCGAGACGGCGCAGGUGGACGUCCGGAUUGCCAACAGCGCCGCCUCCUGCAUGGACGUGACGGCGCUGCUGUCGCUGACCGAGGGCGCGCACUUCGCCAGUUCAGGCCUGCUGUACGUCAGCGAGAAGCUGAGGCUGGGGCCGCAUGGUGCCACUUCUCUGGUCGUCAGGGUCGUCGUCACCAGCCCAGGUGUCAAGAACAUGACAGUGGAAGUGUCUGGAUAUGGUGGAGACUCGUGCAGGGACACCGGAGGCGGCAACAGCUCGUCCCCAGCGCACAGUGGGGGCAGCACAGGCAGCAGAAGUGCUCUGUCUGCCUCUGUGACACGCUCAGCUAGCACGCUGGUGACGCCAGAGGGGCUCCGCCGGACGACCACCGACAGUGCCUACUUCUGUGCCAAUGAGAAACUGGUGGUGUCUACUCCGGAGGACUUCCAGCCAGAGUGGCUGCCGGCUCCACGAAACCGCGCUGGCGUCGUGCUGGAGGUGCGGGCGGCGGCGCCGGGGGCGGACCGGGACCGUGGGGGCGGUGCCGGGGGCGCAGUUGGCAGUGGGGGUGGAGACACGCCCCCGCAGCCGGCGGCCGUGGUGCUGCUGUCCUCUGGCAGAGGCGCCGGGCCCGACUCCUACCUACUGGCGCUGGGAGACGUCUCGUGGCUCACCAGGGGCCCGCACGCUUACGGCGUGCGGUUGGCGAGUGCGCAGACACCCGGCCUGGUGACUGGGGAGUUCCGGACGCUGUGGCUGAGCUGGGAGCGCGGCCUGUUCUCUCUGGGCCGGGGUUCGCACCUCCACCAGGGCCCGCUGCUCAGCUGGCGCGCGCCCACAGACAGCCUGGCCAUCUCGCACAUCGGACUGUCCGCACCCUGGGGAACUCCAGCAGAGUUCAGGCUGUGGAACUACAACGAAGAGGCGGGCUUCUCGCAGGUGCUCCACCUGGACGUCCCCCAGCCGGUGGUGCCUGGUUCAGAGCAGGGCUCCCUGUCCGUAGCUGGUGGGCUGGCGCUCCCAUCGUCUGCCGCUUCGUGGCUCCACCCGGCUCAGCAUGCCACCGACAUUGGCGAAGCCAGCAGCCUGGUGUCUACGCUCGCAUCGUUCAGCCCGCUACCGACGCUGGACCACAGGGGGAUGCUAAUGGACCAAGAGGCGCCCUCUGGUGACGUCACGGACGUGAGGCGGCGGCUGGCCACGCAGCUGCAGGCACUGCUCGUCUUCCGCAAGCCGGACGGCUCAUUCGGGGACCACCCCACAAAGGGCAGCCACAGCGGAACGGUGUGGGCCCUGGACGUGCUGAACCGGGCGCAGGCUCACGUCGCCGUCGACCCGCAGCUGCUGACGUCGGCCAAGCGGUGGCUGCAGGCCCGCCAGCGCGCCGACGGAGGCUUCGCGCCUGACGAUGCCGCCACCGGCGACGUCGAAACGACGGCCGAGACUCUGGUCGCGCUUCUUGCUGUUGGGCUCGAGACGGAGGGUGACGAGGAAUGCUGCCUUCGAGCGCGCUACUUCCUGGAGCGGUCGCUGCUGCUGGACCGAUCCUCGGUGCCACCUCCACUGUCUGCCGCCUCUCUGGCGCUGGCUCUGGUUGCAUCCCGCAGCGAGGUGGCCGCCGCCGCUGUCGCCAGGCUCAGAAACGUCUCCGCCAAUGAGGAGGGCGACUUCGGCUGGCCCUACCACCUGUCGGACGCCAGAACACUGCCAAGGGACCGCCGGCUAGCCACCACGGCAGCGGAGUACAAGGCUUCCCUGUACGCCCUGAUGACGUACUCCAUGAUGGGUGACCUGCGCUCCGCCGAGCCCGUCGCUAAGUACCUCUUCUACCGCUCCUACCUGCUGGACACCCACAGAGAGCUGGUGUACCUGUGCGUGCGCGCGCUGUGGCAGCUGUCAUCGGUGGCCCAGGACCGGGAGCGCGCGCUGACCGUCUCGCUGGCAACGUCCGGCAUGGAGCUGACUGACACCCUGGAGCUGAGGCCGGGCACCCAGCCAGCCAGGGCGCUGCCACUGCCCAGCCUGCCCACCAAGGUGUUCGUCUAUGCCACUGGUGCCGGCUGUGCCACUGUGCAGGGUCGCGUGAGCUACUCCACAUACGCACCAGCUUCCAGGACGCCGCUGCUGGACAUCUGGGCGGCAGUCGAGGGCGAGGACUCGUCGGGGCUCCGACACCUGGAGGGCCGGCCUGCCAGGCUGUCCAUCAGGGUCUGCUUUAGGUGGAAGUCCCACCGACCAUCUGGCGUGCUGAGACUGGAGGUGCGCCUUUUCUCCGGGUUCCAGCUCUCAUCCUGGAGCGGCACCGUGCUGGUGGACAGCAAUGGGACCACAGCUGACGUCCAGCAUGGUUCCAGGGCCGACAAAGUGUGGUUCCUCAUGUCUGGUGUGACCUCCCAGUGCGCAGUCUGCGUGCAGCUGUCAGCUGGUGGCGUCUACCCUGUGACGUCAUCCCGGCCGGCGUUGGCGCGCGUCUACCCGGCGGAGCGCCCUCACGUGGCAGCACACGUGUUCUUCCACAGCGCCACGCUGUUGACUGCGGGUGCCGAUGACGACCUCCUCACAUGGUUCGGCGCCUCACAACAAGGUGGAGUCCAGAUGGGGUCCAACUUCUCCGAGGUCUGCGAGUGCGGGCAGGAGUGCCCGCACGACAUGGUCGAGCCGCAGCCCUCACCAGAGACGCCAGUCACUACCACCACGACCACAGUCACGACGACAGCGUCGGUGGGUCCCGACGCCGCGGGUCACGACCAGCGACCGGACACGACCACGAGGUCCCUGUCCACGCCCACAUCACGACCCACCAGCACGUCUGACGAGCCUGGGGGAGGUGACGUCACCAACAGCGGCGCGGCGGCGCUGACGACGACGACGUCGACGCCCACGACCACGACCACGACCGAGGAGCCGGAGUCCGUCAACAUCAUCAUCACGGACGACAACGCCGAGCUGGAGAGGCAGAAGGAGCGCCCAGCAGGGAAGAGAUUCGGCCCCUCCUCCAAGAGUGCGAGUCCAGAUUCUGCGAGGAGUGUCAACAUGGAGCGCCACCCAGAGGACAGGGCAACGCCACUACAGCAGGAUCACCAGGUGACACCGAAGGAGAGCCGUGGUCACGGGGGAGUCCAGCCUCCACCUCAACCUCAACCUCAGCCUCAGCCUCAGCCUCAGCAGGAGGAGCGGCUGCUGGUGCUGGACCGCGAUACACUCUGGGGAAUGCUCCGGGAAGCGGUCCACGUGGAGCUCAACAGCAGCAACCUGCUGCGGCGCGCAGCUACUGAGGCAGACUGAUCCCGAGGACACGGUCACCGGCCAGCAACUGGCUAGGCUGCAGUGCAUCUACAUGACCUAUCACUAGGUCAGACUGUGGGGCUAGUCAUCAAGUAGCCACCAGACAAGACUGUGACAUCGGUCCUUGGUUUGUCACCUCACAGACUGAGUGACCAGCCUCCAGUCUCCAAACCAGACUGUGGGCGUAUCCCCAACCUGUCAUGAAACUGACUGAGAGAUCCAUCUCCAGUCACCAGCCAGACACUGAUCAGCCAGACAAUCUUACAGCCAGUCAUCCAGCCUGCUGGAUGUGCCAUUGAUGCUCCACAGAGUGUGUACUGUCGUGAGCCUGACACCAGCCUGACUGAAGGAUCCGUCACCAGUCACCAGCCACACAUCAGCCAGACAAUCUUUACCAAGCAGCAGCUGCUGGUUACUCCUGCCAGUCACCCACAUAGCGUGUAUACUGACAUUGGAUCAAGCACUUCCUCCAUUUAGUGGCAUUCAAUGAACAUCAUUGCAGAAGUCUCUUGCAAUACAGAAAAUGCUCCCAGAAAGGAAACCCUAUUUCUGUGGACAAGGACCAUGAUGGUAUCAACACAAAUUAUUCACUUGAACAACAAACUAAUCAUGUGCGCUAUCUAGGCUUCAAACACUAAUGAUUUCUUUUGUAGAACAGUAAAUGCUCCAAGGAAGGGAAUCCUUUGUUUUUGGAAUACCUACACCCAAUGUCCUUGAGAGCGCAGAUUGUUCAGUAAUAUAAUAAAAUUAUUUGUAAAAGGGAGUUCGGUAUUGAGUCUAGCUGGGAAAUUGUUCUCCUGAACCUCAGACCAGUCAUUUGCAAUGCAUAGGCUUGAAAUACUGAUAAGUCAUAGAACCAACAGAAAAUACUCCAAAAAAGGGAACCCCUUGUUUUUUUUUUUUUUUGGAAUGACUGCAUUAAAUUUUCAUGAUAACGAAAGUCAUUCAGUAAAGGACUAACAACGCCUAUAGAGCGAACUUGUGGAGGAGUGCAGUGGAAAAUUAUUCCCUUGAACCUGAGAAUGGUCAGAUUUUGUAUCAAGGCCAGAAUAACAGAUGAGUCGUUUUCCAGCACAAAGUAUAUUUCAAAAACUACAACUUUUUUCAUUUAUGAAAGUGGAACUGAUUUGUCCUGGGGCUUUUUUUUUUUUAAGGUUAUCGCUUUCCCAACUCCCAAUCCAGACAACUGCAUCAAAUUGCUGACAUGUGUAAUCAAGCUGCUCCUGUCUCUAAAUACCACACACCAUUGUUCUUCUAGACAAAUAACGUUGAAUCUGGGAUAUUGGAGGAGAUCAACAGAAGGUUCGAUGCACCUGACAAUCAUAGUGAUGCUAGACUGGAUAGAUAAGGGCAUUUACGUUCCACUGUGAAAGCUGUACUCUCCUAAGACCUGAUUCAACUGCCACAUAUACCCAUCAACAAAUUGCCCAGUCUGGAACAGCUGGAACACUAUAUAAACGCUCGUUUGCGUCACCCUAAAUGCAGUCAUCUGAUUGCUGCUUAUGCUACCACGGUUUAACUUAAAGGUAGGAUUCUAACAGUAGGAGUGCAUUCCCGCUAUUUUCCUAUGGUUUCGUAAGUUAGGAAUUUACAGUAGCUUUCACAAUGAAAGAACGUGGGAGCAAGAAUCACCUUCGAUGUUAAAAUUCUCAGUUAAGUUUUUCUCGAAUCUGAAUCUACGGGCCUCAAAGUAUGAAGCUCCAUUUAGAGUGUUAAAGGAGGUUAUCAACAGAUGUUCAGGGCAUCCUAGCGGUAUACUUCCCGCAAAAAAUAUAAACAAAAAUGUGGUGCAUAGCACUAAUUAUUUCGGAAUUAUGAGUACGAAUUGUAAUUUUGAUCGUAAGUUUAGCAAUAACAUUAUUAUAAGGUAUCUGUUCUGCUCAUACAGGAGAAUAGAUAAGUCGCUGAUUACAUAUGUUGCUUAAUUAGUUCAUAAAAAAUUCACACAAUUUUUGGUAAUAGUUCUCCCUCCUUAUUUCCUUCUGUGCGACAUUUCCUUAAAAUCCCUUCUGCACCAUUAUUUUUCAUAUGUACUCGUCCAAGAGUACAAAAUUUUUUGUGGAAGUGAAAAGCUAAAAAAUAACGAAGCAGAUAUUUCUUGCCCCCUUUCUUCUUUCUGUCCCAGUUAGAUAUUAUAAAAAUUCUCAUAUUGCUCCCCCAACUUUCACAAACCAACCGAUUUAACGUUUUUACACCACCACAGAUAUUUCAGCAAUACCACUCAUUCCACAAGCCUGCCAGCGAUGUUUAAUUCGAGUUCUUUAUUUACGCAGUAUUUUGUGAAUAAAGCGCUGUAGAGGAAUCAACACAUUUCUUUAUACAUAGCACUAUUGCCAUUGUCAGCUCAGUAAUUUAGGGUAAAUGAUGAUAAUAAUGACAGGAGAUUCUUAUAUGUCAUCAGGCUGCAAAAGUUCAAAAUUUUUGUAAAGGUUUACUCACCAAAACUUAGAAUCUGUAAAACAACAUUCAGGGCAAAAUCAGUUACACCUGUGCAUAACCUGGAUAUCAAUUGUCAACUUGGUUGAAUUUUUUUAAUUUUUUUACAAAGAUGCAAGUGUAAGCCGAGUGAUGGUGUAAGUGCGAGGGGCAUACUCUCCAGUUUCAUCCUCCUGUCAUACUUGUAAAACGACAGACUGUCUUUAGGACAUUUAAAUUUAAAAAAAAAAAUGCAAAUUAAAUGGACACACUUGCACAUUCGUCAGAUUUGCUUUCCAGUCGGCAAGAAAUGUUCAUGUGGAAUUCACCUAAAUUUGACAUGUAUUCAUUAUAUCUGCUUUACAUCCAUAUCUGUACGACACCGCAUAUACUUUAGUAUUAAAUAUUUUGAGGAAAAAUAUAUUUAAUACUAAACUUAAUGGAAAAUAUAUUUAAUUCAGGCGCAAAGAUUAUAUCCUUCCGAAACAUCAUUUUAACUGUCAAACUCCAGCACCAGAAGCUGGUCAAAGUAUCUUCAGCCACUGUCUGCAUUGGCUAUCAUAGUUUACAAAUAUAACUUAAAAUAAUUACGACAUUCGCUCUUCGUAUGUAACUAGUAUAAAGGAACGGUAAAACUACAGGAACUUAGUAAUCAGUUGUCAGAUUUGACUGAAACUGUAGAGAUGUCAAAAGGUGGUUUGUGCCAAUCCUUCGGUAUCCUUCGUGAUAUUCAUGUAACUGAGCUGGAUAUCUGCUUCUUCCAAAAAUUUUGUCAGUAUGAUGAAGCUCGUCAGUUACAGCUUCUAUGGCGUUGUAAGAAUCUUGGUUAGAGAUAUUCCUGCUUUGUUUAGUGCUCUAUGAAGUAUGGCUCACUUUGGAACCAUGAAUUUCCCAAUAUUACCUGUUUGAGAUCUAAAAAUUCAACUGGGUCUCUUAUACUCGACACAACGAACGGUCAAAUCUCUUUAUCCUGUGCAGGUGUGAGAUGUACCAUCCGUAUCCCAAAAUGACGCGAGUGAAUGGACGGUGUUUAGUAAAUCUCGUUUGAGAGAACCAUAAUUUUUAUGAAAUAAUUAUAUGCUACAACAGUCACAUGUUGCUAAUAUUUUAUUAGGACCACACGGUUUGGGAACAUUCUGCCAUUAUAAGGUGCUUUUACCGUUACUCUUACACUGCAAUUAAUACGAAAUAAGGUUAGUUGCGUCUUUGCUACUGAGGUUACGUGUUGAAAAGAGGCCUGUUCAGGAAGAUAAAUAUGUUGUAGUUUGUACAUUAUGUGAUAAGCGUUGACUAGUUUUUUGCUAGUGCAUUUACUUUCAUUUUUGGUGGUAAUUUCAUUGGCUGGCACACAGACCAUAGUAACAAGUACUUACCAACUUAACAAUCAUUUGUUUACAUCAAUCCAAUGAGUCUUAAAAGCUAAGAUAAACCAGUUUCUGUUGAUAAAAGAAUACUUAAACAUUUACAUCUAGAUACAUUUACGUCAUGACAAAAAUUUGGUGAGUGGUUGGUAAAGCCAAUUUUUUUUCUGUGUGCCUGACAACGAAAUUAUCAACAGUAGUGUAAGUAAAUACAAUAACAAAAUGACUAAUAACGCUUAUCACAUAAUUUGCGCACUCUGACAUAUUUAUCUUCCGGAAUAGGCGUCUUUUUCGACACAUAACUUCACUGGAGCAUACAGCAAAGGUAACUGACCAAAGUUCGUACUAACUACAAUGUAAAAGUAACUGUAAAUGCACCUUAUGAUGGCAGCAUGCUGCCAAAGCGCGUCAUGCUAAUAAAAUAUUACUAACAAUUGACUGUUACAGUAUACAUUAAAUUAUAAAAAUCUUACCAUCAGUCGCAGCCCUCAAAUAAAAUGCAUAUAACAUGGAUAAAUUUAAGAACCGUGGUUGUUUAGGGUUAUGAAGAUCGGAUUUUGCACAACUAAGUCCUUUUAUCAGUUGAGGGGAGACUGCCACAUCUCUUUCCAUUCCUGUACUACCUUCUUCCUCUGUGUAGCGGUAAGCCAGUCUAGCAUAAUAAGCAAGAGUUGCUGUCUCAGCUACCUUCAAAACAUACGCUACCAGCUCAUUUUCUGUGAUGCCAGAGUGUCAUUUGAUCCAAAGUAACUAUACAAGUAUAUGUGGAUGCUCGUAUUUUGAUGCAGUUUAAGUAUAUUAAAUGCAUGAUGGUUAGUUUUUGAACUCCAUUCGUAAUACUCUACUAAGUCAACAUGGGUAGACGAACCCACUAUAACAGAAACCAGAAAUCUUUGCAGUGAGUGUCAACGUCGAUUCAGCGCCCGAGGAAAUUAAUAUGAAGAAAAAAAAACACAGUCAAACAUUUGAGUAUUCAGGGGUCUCAUCUAUUUGCAAGCACGUCGUAUCCUGCGCGUUGUAUGUCUUGCUUUUUGAAAUUUUUAGUGAUUAUGUUAUAUAGUCAGUGUCUUGUCAAAGACAGAUACAUAUGUAUUAUUAAAGUCAAAAUUGUCACAAAAAUAUUGCCCAGCUUAACACUGGAAGUCAGUUUAAAUAACGACUUCAUGUUCAACUACAUUCGCAGCGAAUUCUGAGCGCAUUUCGUUAUUCGCCCAUACAUUGUUUGCAAUGCGAAAGAUUGAAGCGAGAAAGAUAUAUUUACGCAUUGCUAUGUGAAAUACCAGUUUCUUUUUUAGGUGUGUGAAAUGCAAAUGUUAACUGUAAUUCGUCGCGAAUGAACAAAAGUGAAUGUGGAAGAAACCAUAAUAUACUGUUAGUUCAAGAUACCCUUCUCAGAAAUAAACUUACUAAAGACAGUACAAAGGUAAUCUCUGUGGACUCUCAUAGAAGUUACUAAUGCAAUAAGAUGUGCAGACGUGAGUUUUUCAACGAGAGUUUGCAAUUUGCUUAAGGUUUUAACCAAUAUUUUUGCAUAUCAAAAACAAAUUACCUUUAAUCUUGUACAUGUUGCAUAUGAGAUGUUUGUUCUAAUAAAAAUUGAAAACUGUUUUAAGCAUAUUAAAAGAAUUUGAAAUGUUUGUGACUGAAAAGCAUUAUUGCAGAAUAUAAAACUGUGGAAGUACUAUAAGUGCAAAAGAUUUUAUGUUUUUGCAGAGAAGUAUUCAAAAAAAUUUUAAAGCCUGCUGAAAAAAGAGACAGUGAUUCUGCUCGUAAGCUGAAAAUCAAAACGACAAAUCAUUUGCUAUUCCGAAAGUCUUUGCAUAGAACAAUACUGACUUCUAUUUUUUAAGCAACUGUACCAUUUUGCACCCAUAGCACAUUAUUUUGGAAUUGUUAUUGCAUUAUCAAGUACUGGUAUCACAUCAGUCUUCAUGCCACGAUUUAUUGUGCUUCAUAAAACUCGUUCUCAUCCAGAUAUUCUGUCAGAUACGUAAAUUCUAUCACAGCACGUUCCUGUCUUUGUCGGCCAUAUUGUUUCCUGGUCACUGCCGUCCGCUCUGAGUUGAAGCAGAGAUAAUCGCAAAACAGAGAGAUCAGUCAGAGAUAAUGUUACACAUAAUGCCUUCUGAGAUCGAACUGAAGCGAAAUGUAUCUCUCUUUGAUGCUGUACAGGGGUCAUUGAAGGACUGAUGAAACUGAAUUGCUCACUAAGAGAAAGGGAGGUUUUCGUUUUAAAAUAGCAAAUGAAAUUAGUAUUGAACUCAGCGAACAUGAUUUUUCACUCUUCUGUUUAACAUCACUGUCAAAAGAGGCCAUGAUGUGUGAUAAACAUAUGUAAACUAGUCAUUUUUAAAGUUACGUCUGUUAUUCUUUAGAAUGUAAUACAGGUGAUACUGAAGUUUUCCAGUAAUAUUUUCCCUUGCUUCAGUCUUAACAGAAAGUAGAAAUUUGUUUAGUGAAUGUUAGAAGGUAGCAAGUGUAGUGGUUAUAUAUGAUACAAGGUUAAAAUUGACUUUAAGAACGUUAUGAUUGCACUCAGAACACUUUUGUCAUUUUGCAAACUAUUGUUCUAAUGAUAAAUAUUAAUUUUUGUAAAUUCACUAGAAAUAUAUUUUGUUCAGAAUAAGGACUGUGAAUACACUGAAAUGUAAGCCCACGUUAAUAAAGUAAAUAAAGCAGUUUCUCAGUAA